AUGUUCCACUAUUUAAAGGGUGACUACAAAGAAGAUGGAGACUCACUUUUUACAGGGACUCAUGUGGAAAAGAUAAGCAGUAAUGGGGACAAGUUACUUGUGGGGCGAUUCCAGCUGGAGACAAGCAAAUUUUUCACAAUGAAAAUAGCCAUUGGAAUAAGCUCCCUGGGUGGCCUAAGGCGUGCAGUUGCCAGUAUAGCAGGUCUUGAGGCAUACAAGUACAUGAAAUAUGAAGGAGGAGUGCAUCGUGUUCAGCGGGUACCCAAGACAGAAAAACAAGGACGCAUCCACACCAGCACAAUGACUGUUGCAAUAUUACCCCAACCCACUGAGAUGAGGCUGCAAAUUAAUCCAAAAGACCUGCGGAUAGAGACAAAGCGAGCCAGUGGAGCUGGAGGCCAGCACGUCAAUACUACCGACAGUGCCGUACGGAUAGUUCAUAUUCCAACAGGGAUUGUGUCUGAAUGUCAGCAAGAAAGAUCUCAAAUUAGAAACAAAGAGAAGGCCAUGCAAAUGCUGUGUGCUAAACUAUACAGUGCCAAACUGGAAGAAGAAAACAAAAAGAGAAACAGUGUUCGAAAGAUUCAAAUUGGGACUAAAGGAAGAUCAGAGAAGAUCAGAACAUACAACUUUCCGCAGGACCGGAUUACUGACCACAGGAUAAGCAGAUCAGUGCACCAUAUUGAGUGUUUCAUGCUAGGGGGAGAAAUGCUAGAUGAAAUGAUACAAACUCUGAGAGAAUAUGCUGAUUAUGAAUCUUUAAUGGAAAUUAUUUCAGAAAAUGAAAAAAAGAAUCCAUCCUGAAGAUUGCUCUUUGUCAGCCCAUUACAACAGUUGGAAACAUUUGUCUGCAAAGGAGCUUCUUGGAGCACCACAUAGAGAAUGCGACUGUUUUUUUUCAACUGUCAUGAAAGACACCACAACUUCUUUCCUCAUGACUGAUAAACAGUUUUCUUACUUGCUGAAUAAAA